UUUCCUGUCACUGUCAUGGGGGGUAAUAACUCUUCUACACCAUCUCCUCCUCCAGCUCCACCACCUUCUCCACCUCGACAACCUUCUCCACCUCGACAACGUUCUCCACCUCGACAACCUUCUCCACCUCCACCACCUUCUCCACUUUUAAGAACUCCAUGGAGAGAAAUAACUUGGGGAGACAAUGGAGAUGCUCUUCAGUACUUGAAGAAUUUUCAGCCUCAAAAUGAGGAGGCAACAAUCAGAGUCCUGCUGUACGGUCCAGUCGGUGUGGGGAAGUCCAGCUUCAUCAACUCCGUCAACAACGUCCUGCAAGGCAAAAUGACCAAUGAGGCUCUGGCCAGUGCUACAACCUCUGAUCAAAGUUUCACCAAGAUGUAUCAAACCCAUAAAAUCAAGAAAGAAGGCAGGGGAAACUAUUAUCCCUUUGUGUUCAAUGACAUCAUGGGUCUGGAAGACGGAGAUGGAAGAGGAGUCAGAGCAGAAGACAUCAAACUGGCCUUGGAGGGUCAUGUGAUGGAUGGAUAUAAGUUCAAUCCUGUAUCUCCCCUGUGUGAUGGUGAUCAUGGCUACAACUCUUCCCCGUCCAUCAGUGACAGAGUUCAUGUUCUGGUCUGCAUCUAUUCUGCUAAUGCAUCACAAAUGAGAUCCUCAGUUUUACAGAAAAUGAAGGAAAUCAGAGAAGCAGCCAGUGAGCUGGGAAUCCCUCAGCUGGCGAUUCUCACUCACAUUGACUCAGCCUGUGGGGAAACGGAGAAAAAUCUGAAAAACGUCUACAAGAGCAAACAUUUAAAGAAAAAGAUGGGAGACUUCAGCUCCAGUCUGGGGAUCCCAAUGAACUGCAUCUUCCCAGUGAAGAACUACAGUCAGGAAACUCAACUGAAUUCAGACGUCAGCACUUUGAUCCUGAAUGCGUUGAGGCUGAUUAUCGACUUCGGAGACGACUAUGCCGACAAACUGAAGCCGUAGAACAGUUUGUGGGGA